AUGACUGCCAAAGAGGAAACCGAACAUAUGGAAAACGGACUAGAUUCGGUGGAGGAAGUGGAUGGAGAAAAGCCGGGCAUUUCCGCAAGGAGCGAUCUGAUCCCGCAGCCGACGAACGAUCCCAAUGACCCCCUUAAUUGGCCGACCCGGGAAAAAUAUGCGACCUACCUGACGAUAUCCUUCUUCACCCUCUUGUCAACCAUCAACUCUUCGAACUUCUCCGUGGCAAUAUCACCAGUCUCCAAAGAGUUCGGCGUCACCACCACUCAAGCUGGAUACCUAGUGUGCUUCAAUGUGCUCGCCAUCGGGCUGGGCAACCUCUUCUGGGUAGCACUGAUGCGAUGCAUCGGCAAGCGACCCAUUUAUCUGGUUUCGCUGCUGCUCAUGACGGGCAGUAACGUCUGGAGUUACGAAGCAGGCACUUACGCAAGUCUUCUGGCCAGUCGUAUCGUGUCGGGUUUCGCCUGCGCUGCUGCCGACGCCACGGUCCCCGCCGUGGUGGCAGACUUGUUCUUUGUCCACGAGCGAGGUCAUUGGAUGAUGAUCUACCACCUUGCCCUGAGCGGCGGUUUCUUCCUCGGACCACUCAUUAUGGCCUACAUUGUGCAGGGUGCUGGCUGGCGCUGGAUGUGUGGUGUCCUGGCGAUUGCGGGCGCAGCGACGUUCGUUGUUGGCAUCUUCACCAUUCGGGAGUCAACGUACAAACGUGCCCAGGCAGAGGCGACCCUACCAGCGUCUGCAUACCCGGCGAAGCGGACAAUCGUGCAGAACCUGGACGUGCUGCGCGGGAUCAACAGGGAGGAGAGCUUCUGGGGGAUCGUCUGGAACAUGGUCGUCAUGAUGGCCUACUUGCCCAUCACGUGGACCGGGUUCACCAUCGGCGUGUUCGUGGGGUGGAACAUCGUCGUGCAGCUGACGGCGAGUCAGACGUUCAUCAAGCCUCCAUACAGCUUCUCGCAGGGCGAGGUCGGCCUCCUGUCCCUCUCUGGCUUCGUCGGUGCCUGCCUAGCCUUCUUCUUCGGCGGCAAGCUCAUCGACCUCAUCGCGACGCGCAUGACGCGGGCCAAGGGCAGGCGCGAGCCAGAGUACCGUCUCCCGGCGAUCCUGAUACCGGCCCUCGUCGGCCCGGCUGGCAUACUCGUCUUCGGACUCUGUGUUGCGCACAAGACGGCGUGGAUUGGUGCGGCCGUCGGGUAUGCCAUGCAGGGGUUCGGGCUCACUGCGGUCGGCAAUGUGGUAGUCACUUACUCGGUGGAUGGGUAUCAAUCUCUGGCGGGCGAGGCACUCGUCGUGGUGUUUGUCAUUCGCAACACCAUCGGAAUGCUCUUGGCGCUGUAUACCUACAACUGGCAGGCCGCGAGCGGCGUGCAGAACACAUUUGGUGAGAUGGUCGGAAUUCAGUUUUUGGUUUUACUUCUCGCGAUUCCCAUGUACUUCUACGGGAAGCGUGUCAGACAAUGGACGAGUACAUUUGGGCCCGCCAAACAUGUGUUUAGGCCGAAUGAGUAG